CUUGUGUAUCAUUCCUUCCAUAAUCAGAGUAUCCCAGACUUUCAUAAAUCGUAACCGCUCUCUGCUCUUUCUUCACACACACACACACUCACACACUCACAGAAAUCUCUAAUCACUAUUCUCACUCACUCUGCAAGUCCUUUCUGAUUCCAAUACGCUGUCGUUUUCGUUUUCGUUUUCGUUUUCGCUUUUGUUUUCAAACUCUCUCUCUCUCUGUGUUUUUUUUGUUUUUUAAAGCUCACCGAAAAAAAAAAAAAACUCGAAACAUGGUACUCCGAAACUCGGUGUCCGAAACCGAAACGCCACCGGUUCGAGCCCCACAGACGCCGCAGCCGCAGCCGCGGCCGCCGCAUGCGGCUUUUUCGGGUUUCGGUGCUGCUCCGAAGCCUCAGCCGAGCUUUAAUUGGCUUUUGAGUCCUUCCAACACCGCCAUCAAUAGUUACCAAAACCUUCAGAGCCACUACAACAGUUUCGGCUUCAAAAUCGCCGAGCCGAGUCACGACUCGUCGUCUCGUUUCGGCGGCGCUUCUUCGUAUCUCCCGCCGAAUUACUCUCCUUUAGUCAACAACAGUCGCGAUCAACACCACCGCCACCACCGGGGACUCGCUACUGAGUCGACUCACGAGUCGGAGUCCGAGUCGUCCUCGCACCUUGGGGCGAAUUAUACGACUUUGGUCGAUUACAGUCGUCACCUCAAACUCGCUGAGUCGACUCAGUACCGGGUUGGUAAACUCGGCGAGUCGUUUCCGGAGGGUGCCGAAUCGGAGAAUCGGAACCGGAAUGUCGUGGUUGACAAGGCGGCGAAGAAGAAACCGGUUCGCGCUGUCUUUGAGUCGAAGGCGGCGAUUUCUGGCCCGGUUAUCGAUCUCUCUGAGUCUCCUCCGAAGCGAAAUUCGGAAAAUCUCGGAAGCGCGAUCCAGAAAUCGGCGGAUUCCGAUACGAAAGCGAAAUCGAAGCUUCUGAUUCGUAUCAAAACCAAGAGCAAGUCCAAUGCCGAAGCUGAUACCGAAGAUCACAAUCGCCGCGACGAUCCUGAUCACGCUGCUGACACCGAAGAGCCACCGGAUCAAACCUCAGCCGCCGGAACCGGCGCUUCCACCUGCGUCAGCGGCGUCGAAGUAGAAGUCGAAGAGCCGCCACAAAAGACGUGGAAUCUCCGGCCGAGAAAACCGGCUACUAAGAAUCCACCUCCGGAGGCGGCGGCGACGGCGGCGCAGCAUGUGACCAGGAAAACCCAGCCACCGAAUCGCGCUGAGUCGACUCGGUCCCAAACCGCUGCGGAAAAGAAAUCUUCGGAGAAGAAGGAGAAAAAACCAAACUUUUCGAUCGCGCUUUCGAAAGAAGACAUCGAGAAAGACUUUUUGCUCUUCACUGGGUCCAAGCCAGCCCGGAGGCCCAAGAAGCGAUCUAAGAUCGUUCAGAAACAGCUCGACAAUGUUUUUCCGGGAUUGUGGUUAUCUUCGGUUACUCCAGAGUCAUACCGGGUCACUGAUUCAAAGGGUUAGAUGGGGAAUUGGUGUUUCUUUGAAUGGUUGUUGGAAUUUUGAAGGUUUUGUGAAUGCUGAUCCUUUUUGACAUUGGAAGGUAUAACAAAACAUAUACACCAACAAACCUUUGAAGAUGAAUGGAUGACUACAGUGUUUUCUUUUUUAGCUUUUUCGCGCCCUUGGGAAGAAACACAGUUUAGUAGGACACAGAUGUCUUAGCAAAAGAAAAGUAGACGCAGAUGUCUUUAGCAAAACACAGUUGUACAUAUCAAGUUAAGAUUAUGAGAUUAUCGGUUAUAAGACUUUAUUAAUAAUAUGAAUGUUUACAUGUUGUUUAUUAUUCUGUUGGAAUGAGGGUGCUUUUAGAGAGCUUCUUUGCAUGGUAGAUUACUAGAGCUUCUUGUUUGUCAAUUUGAGCAAUACAGAAUUCGUUUUCUGGAACUCAGAUGUUUGAGAUAUGUUUUUUAUUUUAUAGGUAAUAAGACUUUUAUUGAAUGAAAUGAACAUUGUGUUUAUGAUGAUGAACACUCUGAACAUGAGACAAAUACAAAAAGCUUAAGAGCUAAAGCUAACAGAUUGUAAGAUGUUUGAGAUACGUACUCAUAAUUAUAUGCAUAGCAUCUCAACAUUCUUUAUUUCUUUCUGAAUUUGCCCUUGUUUGAGGAGAACAGAUUUGUUUGGUGGCUAAUGAUCACUUUUGUAAGAAAAGUCAUGCAUUCACCAAUGAAUUACGUAGUUUUUUCAUGCUUUAUUUCCUACUAUAUGAAUUCAUGCAAGAAAUUGGAGAAAGAAAUGCAGAGCGAAUAAUGACAGAUGCAUGCAAAGUCAACUUGAGAAAAGUUGUUAGGAGGGAAAUACCAUUUGCAAUUAAUCAUUCAACUGCUUGUCUUCAUUUUUGUUUUGUUUUGUUUUGUUUUUUACAAUAUCGUUAAUUAAACUAGGGUUAUGUGGUUAUCGGAGAACUGGUUUGGUUUGUCAUGAUUGGAUAAUGAAGAUGUAUAAUGGUAGUCUACUAGUCUUGGAGAAUGUCUGCUUAUUUCUAAAUAUAUCAUUUCACUGCUUGGGAGUUAAUAGAACAAUUAAUUUUUUUUUGCUAGGUAUUGUGUUUAUGUAAUUAUUAAAGUAAGUGCUUUCAGAUUAAACUGUUUUUCCAUUUAUGAUUUCAAUUGAAGAAUGUGUGUUGCACGCGCGGUAAAGUAAGAUGUUGUGUGGGUGCACGCGCUCACCUUGCAAAUUAGGAGUUCCAGAGUUUCAGAUUAAACUCUUUUUCCAUUUAUGAUUUCAAAUGAAGAAUGUGUGCUGCACGUGCGCAAAACUAAAAACAGCAUGUGUGUGCACGCGCACUUUGCAAAUUAGGAGUUCCAGAGUUUCUGGAACAUAUAAGAAUAUGUAUUUAACAAAAUCCUUUUAUCACACUUGCCCUUUUUAGUCAGUUCAUGGCGAAUUUCUCACCUGUAUUUUCUAAUGAAUGUGCUCAGCUUGCUCGUUGGGCUCUCAAUGCAUUUUUCAAUGCUUCCUUUCUUCUAGCUUCAUGCCCACCAUAGUUGAUGUGCUUGUGGUUGCAGAAGCUCCAAUCUUGUUUAUGACAGUUAUUUUUUUUCGAUUCUUUUGUUCUUGCUUUGUUUUCUUUGUUGUUAAUGAAUCUUUUCCCUGGGAAAAAAAGAGGAGUUAUUCAGUAUUGUUUUUAGUAGUAAAGUUUUCUUGGUUAAUCAUUAAACUAGGAUGGUAGCUUUGCUCUUAGUCUCACAUAUGUAAUUAAUCAUCUUGUUUUAGCUUUAGGUUUGAAUUUGAGGAGUUACGGUAUUAUUGGUUCUAUGCUCUUAAGGUCAUAUUAGCCAUUUGAUCAGCCGGUUGUAAAACCAGUAACUUACACCACUCAUCCUACCCAAUAUAUUUGCUUCUAUCAGCGUCCCUUUGUUACAAUCAGCAGUGGCAAAUGGAAAUAAUAUUUUCAUUGAUAAUUUAAACAAAAAAGCAGUAACUGGAAAUGUAUUGGUGCCUUAAGGUGUUGCAAUUGUAGUUUCAGCUGGAAUCUACCUUACUACAGUAGCAAUUUGACAUACACAAUGAUGAAGAUUUAUUUAUUUGUUGUCUGAGCUUGCUGCCAGGAUAUGUGUCUUUGGCAUUCAUUUUGCUAUCUAUUUGCUUUUCUGACAGUGUAUCCAAUUGCGUACAGGAUGCACUGCUAAUUAGAUCUGGUGCAUCCUCAAUCAAUUAUAGUCGUUGUCAUUGCAAUUCUUAGCUAGUGUAUAGUUAAACGCUGAAAUUAGUUGAAUGUUCAGAAUUUCUGUGUUUGGAGAUACAUUAGUUGAAAUUUCUAUAUUUAGAGUACCUUUAGUAUUAUGGCUGGUAAAUCUGUUGCCUGGGUGAAACAUACACUUAAGAUGAAGAAAUCAGAAAGAGUAGUUGUUAAGAGACUAAGAAUUGGAAAUAGUAGAACUGAAAAGAUCAAUUCUUAGCAUUCCAUUUGGAAUAACUAAAUCAUUUGCAGUGUUUCAGGCAUAUUGCAUUUAUGUUUAACAUUCCUUUUGGACUGCUUCAGGUCCAAACACAACUUGUAUUGGAACAAUCAUUUUCCGUGUAUUUUCGGGUAUAUUAUUAUCAGUGUUUAAUAUUCUAUUUACACUAGAUGGCUCAAAUGCAGCUUUUAUGAGACCAUAGAAAUAUCUCAAUGUGGUUAUUGAUGUGCCAUACAGACAAGUAGAGAAGCAGCUGCCACAUAAGAGUGGAGCUCUGAAUUUGACUAUUGAUGUGCUAUACAGAGAAGUAGAGAAGCAACUGCCACAUAAGCAUGGAGCUAUUCUGAGCUCAAGGGGUGUUGCAAACCGGUGAAAGGCAGCUUUCUGGAAACCAGAAGCAUCAUGUGGAUCAGAUAACGACGACACUGUGGCGCUUGCUGUGCACCUUGUAGAAGUGAAUGGUAAUAAUGAAUUUCUUGACAUAGUAAUUUGGCAUUUUGGGUUAAGCAGAAAUUACUUGACAUAUAGUAAUUUCUUUUUAACCCAAAAGAAGAAAUUACUUGACAUAUAAUUGGUUAAAUUUGGACUUAUCAAAUAAAGGAAAUUACUUGACAUAUUUGGUAGUGUGGAACUAAUUUGUGUUGUUGGAUUAAAUGGUCCUUAGUUGCCAGUUGCAAAUUUACAGAUAUGGACCAUAUGGUCUACCUAUAACCAUGAUGAUAUUUGUAUUUAUUUUAUAGAACUGUUUAUAUCAUGAUAAAUGUUAUAGAAAUUGUCAUCUAUUUACUCUCCCUUUGAUGGUAAUACAAAAUCUAGUAAGAAUUGAACGAAAUAGUCUCUUGUAAAAGGAAUGCUUGGUAAUUAUGGCUUGUUUGUUGGACUAACCUUUGGAGAGCGAUGCACAAGCAGAAAAGUAAGCAACAGUGCGGCGAUUUUAUUUCUUCUCUUAUUCUACUUUGCUUGAUUCUGCCCUCAAAUUGCAUUGACAAUGAGCCUAUUUCUUUAGGAGUACAACUGCCCAAAUUAAAAUUCUUACUUUUUAAUUGUUUAUGCCCCAUUACAGUUUAAGGAAACAUAUUUAUUCCGUAACUGACAGUCAAGAUACUAAAAUAGCAGAUUCUGGCAUUUGAUGCUCAAGUCUUCUGUCAAGUUUGCCCACUGCUUGGAUUAGAGGGAGAGAGCUACAGAAGGUCAAUUUUUGGAGGGGCUCUGGUGUUUGAGAAACAAGAAUGGCUUAGAUUCCUAUCAAAAAAAGAAAAAAGAAAAAAGAAAAAGGAA